AUGGAUCCCUCUUUCUUGGAACCAGGUUUUGAUCCAAAGAAUCUCACUGUGGCACAAUUAAGAGGAAUCUUGAUUGAUAACAACGUUCAUUUACCCUCAAAAGUUAAGAAAUCUAGGUUGAUUGGGCUGUUUAAUAGUGAAAUAGUGCCUAAAUUGGAUGAGUUGAGAGAUAAAUAUAAAGAUGUCAAGCCAAGUUCAAAGGGGAUUAAAAAAGUUACAAAAGCUAAAAAAACAAAGAAGCAUUUUUUGGAAGAACAAAAUUUAAAGGAUUCAACUUCAACUGAAUCCUCAGAUAAUAAUAAUGAUAAUAAUAAAAAUAAAAGAAAGAGAGAACAUCUAGAAGAUGAGAAAGAUGACAAUCAUAUAAUUGAAGCUGAUAUUAAACACACUGUUUUAACUGAUAAAGAUAAGAUUAAAGAUAACAACGAAGCGAAAACAAACAGUGGAAAGCGAAAGAAAAAAAAAUUGAAAACUGAACAAAAUGAAUCAACUCAAAUCCAAUCGUCUAUAAUUCCUGAGACAAUUGUUGAAGCUAUACAACAAAAUGAUGAUGAUAAUUUUCCUUUUAUUGAGUCCAGUAAUGAAAUGGAUAAAAACAUAUCAGAAAUAAAAACUGUAGAAAAACAAACAACGUCUCCAAAUUUAUCGAAACUAAAAGUUUCUCCAGAAUUUGCAAUUCUAUUGAGAAAUGCAACAGAGGAUAAAAAUUUAAUAAAUGAGGUAAAAAUUGAAUCCACUCCCAAUUCGUCUACUCCACUUUAUCAAGAUGAUACUACAUACAAUAGCCUUAAGAAUAAUGAAAAAACACCCAUUCCUGAAAAGAUUAAUCAGAUUUAUGAAGUGGUGGAUGUCCAAAAUAAAGAUUCUACAAAAGCAUCUUCUAGGGAAGAUAUUGACAUUAUAACCGAUAGUGAGGAUGCUAGUAUUACAAUUGACACAGAUACAAAAAUUGAAAAACGGGACCAAAAAAAUGAAAGGGAACUAUCCAUUUCCACUUCGGAAUCAGUAAAUGAGAAUGGCGGGCAGAAAUAUACAUUACUUGAUAAGAAUAAUACAAAAUGUACUUCUCCUAGAAAAUUGGAUUUUCAAAAAAUAAAACAUUCUUUGUUCAACAUAAUUAUGUUUAUCUUUAUCACAUCAGCAGUACUGUUCAUCCUUUGGUAUCGAGAACAAAGAAUCAGAAUUGGAUAUUGUGGCGCAGAAUUGCCACCUCAACCAAUAGUUCCUGCUGCUUUGCAAAAGUAUAUCGCAGCUAGAUUCAAUAUUGACUUAAAUGUCAUUGAUGACUGGUUAUAUACUUUUAAUCCAAAGUGUCUACCAUGUCCCGAUGAAGCCAUUUGUUUUCCAAAGUUGAAGCUCACUUGUAAAUCACAAUAUAGAAAAAUUGUACCUUUACUUUCAUUAUAUAAUUUAGUUCCAUUGAGUCCAUAUUGUAUUCCAGAUGUUAGAAAGAUUCAAUUUCUUGAUAGUAUGUUUAAUAAAUUUGUAAAUUUAUUAAGGAGAAGAAAUGCAUCAUUCAAUUGUGGUAAAGGGAUUAAUCAAAAAAGAAAUAGUAUUCCAUAUAGUCAUUUACAUGAUAUUUUUGGUCAAAAUGUUGAUCAAGCGUGGACACAAGAUGAAGUUGAGGAAUUAUGGAAUUCACUUUCAAAAAAAUUAGACGGGAUUCCAGAGAUAGAAUUUUUUAACAUUGAAAGUAACGAUAGUGAAACUAUCGACGUUUAUAUCAGGUCUAUCUCACAAGAAUAUUCUAGUCUGUGGUGUAAAUACGGUAAUCAAAUAACAGAAUUUUUAAAGACCUAUAAAUUGAUACUAGUAGGAUUCAUAUUAAUCUUGUCCGUGGUUAUUUUAAUAAACAGUGAGAGGAGAAAACGUAUGGCAUAUAAAAAAAAAAUUGAACAAUAUGUAAAUGUUACUAUAGAAAAGUUGAGAACUCAAACUGGAAAUCAUAAAGAUGGUGAUUUUUUACAUAUGUUGCAAAUAAGAGAUAUUGUUUUGGUGGAUGUAGUUGAUUUAAAUGAAAGAAAGAAGAUUUGGAAAGAUAUGGUUAAAGUUUUAAGGGAUAAUGAAGAGAUUGUAACUGUUUUUGCUGAAAUUAAUGGUGAAAUAUUGGAAUGUUGGUCGUAUAAGGAGAAAGAAGAAAACUGA